AGUGAACCAGUCGGCUCAUGAGCGCCGAUGCUUUUCGCAUAAAUGGUAUACUGAAAUAUUUCGUUAAAGAUUCGAGCAAAGUUCAUGCCUAUACACUUCGUAUUUGAAAAGAUUUGCAGGCGAUUUGUGAAAAAAGAUCAAUACUCAUAGUGUGCACACAUCGUUGAAAGAGAUUACAAGUAGUGAGCUGAAGUAGUGCUGAUUGUGGAAAAUGUCACGGCAAGCGAUAAAUUUGUGUGUCAGCCUAUGUAUUUUACUGCUAGUGGAGGGUCUCACUUCCAUCCGUGCUGAGACCUCUGAGGAAUCUGACAGCGAACCCACACCAACUGCACGCGAUCAAUUGCUCGAUGCCAUAACGGAAGACUAUCUUAAAGUGCUUGACUAUGAAAUGAUUCAUAGUAAGGAUUUGUUUCAGGAUGUACUCGACGAUGAUAACUUGCAGAAUACGAAGAGUGAAAUUUUACAAGGCAAGAAAAUGGUGCUGAAGAAAUUUGUGGAGCAUGUUUCGGAGAGAAAGUUGAAAAAAUUUCCACCGAAGGCGCAUAAACCUGCGCGUUUCUUUCACAUAUUCAGCAACUCGCUAUUAUAUAGGGAAUUCUUGGAUAUAGUGGCGCGUUUGGAGCCCGCUAAGAGUCGUUAUGAUGAUAGGAUUGAGGAAGCGCUCUAUUCAAAUGGCAUUGAAAACUUUCUGAAAAGCGUAAAUCAAAAACGCAACAAGUUAAUUGCUGAUAGUGUGAAAAGAAUUGAUGGAUAUGUGAGCGGUUUAUCGGCUGAGCAACGGCGAAAAGCGGCUGCACAAAAGUUGUCGGAUUGGUCAGCGAAAAUGAAGGAGUCCGAAAAGUUGCAGCAAAAAAUGGUCGUCUUGCAAGAAUUCUUGCGUUACGAGUAUUUGGAUGCAACGCCGCUGUGAUGCGAAUUAAAAAGAAAAUGUAAAAAAAUUGUAUAGGAGGAAAAUUCACUCCUGAAGUUACUUUCAGUGGCAAAUCCUCUAUGUAAAUAUAAUUCGAAUGAGUUUGUAAAAAAACUCUUAAUGUAAAUAAUUAAAUUAUUUAUAUAAAUAUAAGCAA